GGCGGUAAAGUAGUAUAAAUGGUAAUCUAACCUAUUUCAAGUAUGCGAGUAAGAAAAUGAUUUGAACUGAAUAUUUAAACGUAAAAGAGUAGCGAAGUUUUACUAUACAUAAUUAAUACGUUUCAUUUUUGCUAAAGUAUAAUAUAGCACUUUUAAUAUGUCGAUAAUUAUACGACGCUAUAAAAAAAAUAUAAUUUUUCCAUUAUCAAAAGUAUUUAAUUCGACGUCCACAUCAGAUGAAACAGAUAAAAAAAAUACUGCAAAAGAAUUUCGUGUAUUAGAGUUAAUACCACAGAGAAAUAAAAUAAACGUAGUAAAAAAACAAGAUUCUUCAAAAAUACAUUCAAGAUGUGAUGAUAUGUCUAUUGAUCAAGAUUGGCCAUCAAUUUGGUCUGGUGCUCGUUCUUUUAAUCCCAAUAUUGUACCACUUCCUUUACGCCAAGGUUAUGUAAAAGGUAGAGGAGUACCUCCUAGUAAAUAUGGAAAUGUAGAAUUAUUAAAAAUACCUAAUUUUUUACAUCUUACACCACCUGCAAUAAAAAGACAUUGCGAGGUUCUGAAACAAUUUUGCACUAGCUGGCCUGAAGAAUUAGAUACAGAUGAAAAAUGUAAUCAACAUUUUCCACUUGAUAUAAUUACAUCAGAUUAUUGUUACUCUUCUCCUACAAUAAGAGAGCCACUUGCAAGAAUUGUAAGCUUAAAAGUAAAUUUAAAUUCUCUUACCUUGGAUAGUCAUGCUAAAGACAAACUACUUAGAUUAGUUGGAAAUAAAUAUAAUCCAGAAACAAAUAUAAUAACAAUAACUGCUGAUAGAUGUCCAACCAGGAAACAAAAUUUAGAAUAUAUUGAAUAUCUACUUAUAGCAUUAUUUCAUGAAUCCUGGCAUACAGAAGCUUGGGAAGCUGAAAAAUCUGAAGCUGAUAUGGAAUAUUAUGAUUGGGAUAAAAGUAAAAGUCGUCAAAAUUUUAUUGCAUUACACAGCUGGCCAGAUUCAUCUACUGAUAUAGAUAUUGAAACUAUUCCUUCUGUUAAAGAAUAUAAGAUUGCUGUUUCUGAACUUAUAAACCAAGGAGAAGAUCAAUAUUCAUUAAACAAGUAUAAAGAAGCAGUAAAAAAUGUACUUCAUCUUAAAUGUAUUAAUUAAAAUUAAAAUAAAAAGUUAUAUAUGAAAUUA